AACAUCAAUUGACGCCUAGGUGAUGGACCAAUCUGGGGGUCGCGCAUCUGGAAAUUUGAACGGGAACCCCAUAGCACAAUCAGCACCAUGCGACUAGUAUCGGCGAAGUUCUGUCUUGGGGGCUAAAUCUAUCAUGUUCAACAGUGGAGGAGGCAAAAGUGAGAAAGUAUAUCUACUUAUGUCGAUCCUCUUAGAUCUCCAAUUGAAGAGAUCAUCAAGCACUUCUUUCGUUCUCACACGCAUAUUGUCUUUGCUCCAGAUAUCCUCAAGUCCACAUAGCUUUUCAGAGAGUAGACUAUCUCACAAUGUUUCUCGGCGCAGCUUGGAGAUUUGUAUCCACAAGCGAGUAUUCACAGCACUUCCUCGCAGCAGCACUAUUCGGCACUUGGCUUCUCUCAUGGCGUUUGUGGAGAUUCACCAUUCGGCCAUACCUUAGACCACAAGACCCAGUCGAACUUCCAUAUUGGAUCCCAAUUCUAGGACACAGUCUUAGUUUCUUCCAGAAUUCUGAUAGCUUGAUCGAGCGUGGCUUAGAUUACACUGGCAGAACUCACGAGCCUUUCGCACUUCAGGUGGCUUCGCAAUUAUUCUAUAUUGUCACAGGACCUAAGGAUGUUGCAGAAGUCUACAGAAAUGUAGCCACUCUGAGUUGGGAUGGUCACUUGUCUCAAAUUCUUUCCAACUUUGGCUUCACUGGCAAAGCAUUGAAGUUGGCAUGGCAUGUACCCAUUCCGGGAGACAAAUGCUAUAUGCACAAGAAUCCAGUCAACCCAAAGCAGUUAUCUCUUGUCAAGCUCAUUGAGGAAGUCUACAUCGCGCAAUUACUUCCUGGUGUGAACAUGACCGAAAUGUCGGAGAAAUUCAUCGUCUCACUCAAAGACUCCCUCCAACCACCAAAGAUGGACUUCUGUACCUUGAGCAGGAAUGGUCUCACUCGCCGGGUCUCAUUGAAAGCUCUUUGUCGAUCUACCCUUGUGGAAGCUGCAACCUUUUCCAUGUUCGACAAAGCUCUCCAUAAGCUCAAUCCAGAUAUUGUACAACACAUGUUGGACUUUAAUGAUAGUGCUUGGAUGGUUUUCUUCGGUCUUCCCGAGAUAUUUUCAGCCAAGGUAGCUAAAGCCCGCAAAACAAUGCAAAAGACAAUGGCCGAAUUUGCACGUCUUCCAGAAAGGGAGCGCGAGGGUCAAGCCUGGGGAAUUGGAACGAUUCUUAAGGCACAGGAAAUUGUUGGUAUUGAUAUCGAGAGUAGAGCUUGUAUGCUUUUAUUGAUCUACUGGGCUGCAAACUCAAAUGAGUACAACAUCUCCUUUUGGCUUAUUGCUCAUCUUGUUUACAACGUCCCUCUUAUGGAGCGAGUUCGCGACGAGUUGGAAGCAGGCUGGAAAGACGGCGAACUUGACAUCAAAUAUCUAUGUGCUAAUUCUCCCAAUCUUGAUGGUGCAUUCCAGGAAUCACUACGCUUGAAUGGCGGUGCAAUGAUGAGUCGUCAAGUCAAGCAGCCAACUAUGAUCGGUAACAAGCUAAUGCAGCCUGGGUCUAAUGUUCUCAUGCCUUCCCGACAACUACAUAUGAAUGAGAAUGUCUGGGGUCAAGAUUACAAGAACUUUGAUGCAGAGAGAUUUGUCAGAGAUAAGGGCAUGCUGAAACAUUCUUCUUACCGCCCAUUUGGUGGUGGAAUCAGUUACUGCCCUGGGCGUGUUAUGGCUAAGGAGCAGGUUUACGCUUUUGUUGCUAUUAUUUUCAGAAGAUUUGAUGUUAAGCUGGCACCUGGGAUAAAUGGAAAGUUUCCGGUGUUGGAUGAGAGCACACCUUCGCUCGGAAUUACAGGCCCAGUGAAAAACAUGGAUGUGUUCAUGGAUUUGACCGAGAGGGAGAAGUAUAACCUAUAUUGAGAGGGAAGGAUAGGAAUGAUUCAAUAAAGGGGUUUCAUAAGAUGCUUUGUUACAGCUUCGUCUCUAUUUUUAUGUACAUAUUUUUGUUUAACUAUUUUUUGAGCGCCGAGAGGAACAAUUGAAUUUCAUCAAACA